AGAUGACGGUAGCAUGGGAUGGGGGUAGGUUUGGGGCGAAAGAGACCAGAGCAGAGCAGCGCGGGCAACAGUAGUCACUGGGGCUGGAUGCCAGAGGGACGCCAUGGUCACUCGGACAGAUUCAAACCAAGUUACCGCAGCCUCAGGGCCUACGGACGAACGUGGAGGUCUUACCAACUGCUGGCAUAUAGAGGAAAUGUGAGGCCACGCCCCCUCCUCGUUAUCAUCAACUCUUCUUCGGUCUUCGGCAGCAAGCUCCAUCGUGUCGCCAGCACCAACAGCUGCGGUCCCUGCAGCAGCCACAGCUGGUCCAGUUGUGGCCACCUUCACACAGUCUUUGUCAUUAUCUCUGUCGCCACCCUUCCAUCGGCGUCGCGGGAUGCCGGCAUACAGGGGCGCUUAUCUCAGUUUACGCAGCUUAAGGCACAGUUGUGCUUCUGAAUCUCCAUCUGGAGGCUCGAAGAACGUGGCUAAUCCCGUGUUUCUCCUCGCCUCUGUGUGUUGCUGUAU